AUGGGCCCAACCGAAGAUUACAAGUCACUUUACACGCAGCCGUCUAGUAGUGGCGAGCAAGACCCGAUCUCGCAACUCAUGACCGAAUGCAAGCAAUUAGCCCGGGAGGCCAAAAAGCAGCGUCCAUUUCGGCAGUCUAUCCCGACACAUAUAUACCAGUCAAUCCCCAAACCUGAAGUCAUUGAGGAUCUGAUCAGUCUCUAUUUUUCCACUUUUGAAUCUUGCUACAGGGUCUUGCAUUUCUCCUCGUUCAAAAAGGAGUAUGACAGUCAUGUCGAGCAACCACAAAACACCAAAACAUCUUUCCUUGUAGUUCUUCUGCUUGUUAUGUCUAUUUCCGGCACAUUGCACAAUGAAGCUCAUGUUCGCAAGGACAUAUCGGCCAAGGCGCAAUCUUGGAUCAGCGUUUCUCAAACAUGGCUCUCAGCCCCAUUCGAGAAGGAUAGACUGACACUGAAAGGGAUUCAAAUCCACUGUCUCUUGCUUCUUGCUCGUCAAGUAAACCGAGUCGGGGCAGAUCUGGUGUGGAUCUCGGCAGGAACCCUCAUGCGAAUGGCAAUGCAGAUGGGGUUACACCAAGAUCCGAGCUCUUUGCGAGAUAUGGAUAUACAACAAAGGGAAGUUCGAAGAAGAUUAUGGUAUACAAUUUUGGAGAUGAAUGCGCACUCCGCUUUGGACUCUGGUAUGGCGCCCAUGGUUACGGACGAUGACUACACCACCCGACCACCAUUGGACUUGAGCGAUGAAGACCUCGACCACGCCACAAUUUUAGGAGAAGAUGGGAGUCCAUCCCAGCAAGAAAGCCCUACUUUUUUUCAAUGUGUUUUGGCACAGUCAAUUGGGUUCAGGUUAACUGUCGUUCGCAUUGUCAACAGUCUGAAUGUGAAGCCUUCCUACGAUGAAGUUCUCUCCAUUGGACACAAGCUAGAGAUAGCAUGCCGCGAAGCCGCGAGUGCGCUGAACAGAUCUGCCACCCUGCAACGCCAAACUCCGUUCAAUCAAUUUGCACAUAGCUUUUGCAGCCACCUCAUCCGCCGCUUUCUUCUUUGUCUUCACUUUACCUAUGCAAUCAAGGCCAAAAGCUCUCCAAUAUACACUCAUUCACAACAGGUAUGCCUCGAAGUUUCUCUAGAACUUGUCUCUCUACUUGAUGACAGUCUUUACUCCCGAGUGCUCAUAAAUGGUGGUGGUAUGUUUCGAGAUAUCAUUACGAGAGGGGCUCUGAUGAUAUAUCUAGAGUUGACCUCCAGACUGCCUGUGGAAUCUAGUAUUUCUCAUUUUGCCAAAGAAAAGAACCAGUCUCGCCAGAUACCAUUAAUGGAGGAUGCUCAAAAGGUGGCUAAAUAUGCAGAAAACAGGAUGUUACAUGGGGAAACGAAUGUCAAGGGAUAUGUAUUUUUCAACAUGGCAACCGCGCGAGUCCGGGCUUUACUUGAAGGCAACCCUCCCGAGAAGGCUAUACGCAAAGCUGCCCAUGACAGUCUGAAUAUAUGCCAUGGACUGCUUAGUGGCAUGGUUGUUGAGAAUGCCGAAACCUCUUUACCUGCCGACUUCCAGUCAAAUCCAUUAGAUGGAAUAUUUUCUCCUCCGCUCGCAUCCGACUCUGGAUUCGACUUUCUCGAAGAUCCAAAUUUGUACCUACACUGUUCAGACUGGGACAUUUUUCAUUCAGCAAGUGGUGAAAGCUGGUUCGAACCUUGA